AUGUGGAUGCCCUGCACCUCCUCCGCUCAGCUGCACUGUCUCUACGCCCUUCGCCCACUGUCUCUACGCCCUUCGCCCACUAUCUCUACGCCCUUCGCCCACUGUCUCUACGCCCUUCGCCCACUGUCUCUACGCCCUUCGCCCACUGUCUCUACGCCCUUCGCCCACUGUCUCUACGCCAUGCCCACUGUCUCUACACCCUUCACUCACUACACCCUCUCCCACUGUCUAUACGCCCUUUCCCUCUGUCUAUACCCCCUCUCCCACUGUCUACGUGCCCCUCUCCCACUGUCUAUACCCCUCUCCCAAUGUCUACGUGCCCCUCUCCCACUGUCUAUACGCCCCUCUCCCACUGUCUACGUGCCCCUUCCCACUGUCUAUUACGCCCCUCUCCCACUGUCUAUACACCCCUUUCCCACUGUCAACGUGCCCCUCUCCCAAUGUCUAUACGCCCCUCUCCCACUGUCUAUACACCCCUUUCCCACUGUCAUACACCCCUUUCCCACUCACGUGGCCCUCUCCCACUGCUCCCCUUUCCCACUGUCUACGUGCCCCUCUCCCAAUGUCUAUACGCCCCUCUCCCACUGUCUAUACACCCCUUUCCCACUGUCUACGUGGCCCUCUCCCACUGUCUACGUGGCCCUCUCCCACUGUCUACGUGCCCUCUCCCCACUGUCUACGUGCCCUCUCCCACUGUCUAUACGCCCUCUCCCACUGUCUACCCCCUCUCCCACUGUCUACGUGCCCCUCUCCCACGUCUACGUGCCCCUCUCCCACUGUCUAUACGCCCUCUCCCACUGUCUACGUGCCCCUCUCCCACUGUCUAUACGCCCCUCUCCCACUGUCUAUACACCCCUUUCCCACUGUCAACGUGCCCCUCUCCCACUGUCUAUACGCCCCUCUCCCACUGUCUAUACACCCCUUUCCCACUGUCAACGUGCCCCUUUCCCACUGUCUACGUGCCCCUCUCCCACUGUCUAUACGCCCUCUCCCACUGUCUACGUGCCCCUCUCCUCUGUCUACGUGCCCCUCUCCCUCUGUCUACGUGCCCCUCUCCCACUGUCUACGUGCCUCUCUCCCACUGUCUACGUGCCUCUCUCCCACUGUCUACGUGCCCUCUCCCACUGUCUAUACGACCCUCCCCACUGUCUACGUGCCCCUCUCCCACUGUCUACGUGCCCCUCUCCCACUGUCUACGUGCCCCUCCCACUGUCUACUCCCCUUCCCACUGUCUAUACACCCUCUCCACUGUCUACUGCCCCUCUCCCACUGUCUACGUGGCCCUCUCCCACUGUCUACGUGGCCCCUCCCACUGUCUACGUGCCCCUCUCCACGUCUACUGCUCCUCCCACUGUCUACAUGCCCCUCUCCGACUGUCUAUGUGCUCCUCUCCCACUGUCUAUACACCCCUUUCCCACUGUCUACGUGCCCCUCUCCCACUGUCUACGUGCCCCUCUCCCACUGUCUACGUGCUCCUCUCCCACUGUCUACUGCCCCUCUCCGACUGUCUAUAAGCCCUCUCCCACGGUCUACGUGCCCCUCUCCCACGAUCGCACAGGAGCUGGGUUGGAUGUGGGCAGCCACCGUAUACCCCACGCCCAGGCAGCCACCGUAUACCCCAACCCCAGGCAGCCACUGCCUACCCCAACCCCAGACAGCCACCGCAUACCCCACGUCCAGGCAGCCACCAGCAGCCACCAUAUACCCACGCCCAGGCAGCCACCUAUACCCCACGCCCAGGCAGCCACCGCAUACCCCACGUCCAGGCAGCCACCUCAUACCCCACGCCCAGGCAGCCACGUCAUACCCACGCCAGGCAGCCACCGCCUACCCAACCCAGACAGCCACCGCAUACCCCACGUCCAGGCAGCCACCUCAUACCCCACGUCAGGCAGCCACCUCAUACCCCACGCACAGGCAGCACCGUAUCCACCACCCCCAGGCAGCCACCGCCUAGCCCAACCCCAGCACAGCCACCGCAUACCCCAACGUCCAGGCAGCCACCCUCAUAGCCCCACGCACAGGCAGCCACCGUAUACCCCGCCCAGCGCAGCCACCGCCUACCCACCCCAGACAAGCCACCGCAUUACCCACGUCCAAGGCAAGCCACCUCAUACCCACGCCCAGGCAGCCACCUCAUACCCACGCCAGGCAGCCACCCAUACCCCACGCCCAGGCAGCCACCUCUACCCCACGCCCAGCCGCCACCUCAUACCCCAUGCCCAGGCAAGCACCAUACCCACGCCCAGGCAGCCACCUCAUUAA